CUUUACCGAAGCGUGCCGGAAGGUCCGGCGGUGGUUUCUCAACAUAAACAGCUAUGGCGGAGGCAGCAGUAGCGUCUACGGCGACUCCAGCAGUAUCAGGAGGGUGGACCAAACACGUUACCUGUCGAUAUUUCAUGCACGGUCUUUGCACAGAAGGAGAAAACUGUCGAUACUCCCAUGAUCUGACCAACAGCAAACCUGCAGCCAUGAUUUGCAAGUUCUUUCAGAAGGGAAACUGUGUGUUUGGGGACCGAUGCAGGUUCGAACACUGUAAACCGACAAAGAACGAGGAUCCUCCAACCUCGCAGACGCUGCCGCUGCCCUCCGCCUCACAAGCUGGCCCGUCAGAUCCAGAACACAGUGGGUCAAUACCCGGUCCAGGGGCCAGGGAUUGGGCCAAUGCAGCUGAGUUUGUCCCGGGUCAGCCCUACUGUGGACGCACUGAGCCAGUGAAGUCUGAGUCCUCGGCCCCGCUCAUCGAGGAGUUGGACGGCAAUGUAGCUCAGGAGAACAAAGAGCUGAGGAAGCAGCUUUGCCCGUACGCUGCCGUCGGAGAGUGUCGCUAUGGCAUCAACUGUGCCUAUCUUCACGGCGACGUGUGUGACAUGUGCGGUCUGCAGGUGCUCCACCCCACCGACAAUGCCCAGCGCUCCGAGCACACGAAGGCGUGCAUCGAAGCCCAUGAGAAGGACAUGGAGAUCUCGUUCGCCAUCCAGCGCAGUAAGGACAUGAUGUGCGGCGUGUGCAUGGAGGUGGUGUUUGAGAAGCCCAACUUAAGCGAGCGGCGCUUCGGCAUCCUCUCUAACUGCAGCCACUGCUACUGUCUGAAGUGUAUUCGCAAGUGGAGGAGUGCCAAACAGUUUGAGAGCAAAAUCAUCAAGUCAUGCCCGGAGUGUCGAAUCACAUCAAACUUUGUAAUCCCGAGUGAGUACUGGGUGGAAGAUAAAGACGACAAGCAGAAACUCAUCCAGAAGUACAAGGACGGCAUGGGGAGUAAACCAUGUCGAUACUUCGAUGAAGGUCGUGGAACGUGCCCCUUUGGCUCAAACUGUUUCUACAAACACGCCUUUCCUGAUGGCCGGCUGGAGGAAGCUCAACCACAGACAAGACGACAGACAGGAUCCAACAGCAGAACCAGGACCUCGAGGCACACCCCUCUGUGGGACAUCCUGGACGAGCGGGAAAGCACUGACUCAUUCGACAACGACGACGAGGAGAGGGUGACGUUUGAGCUGAGCGAGAUGCUGCUCAUGCUACUCGCCGCCGGCACAGACGAUGAGGUGACGGACUCAGAGGACGAGUGGGACUUGUUUCACGAGGAGCUGGACGAUUUCUAUGAGAUUUACCUAUAGCAGCCCCACCCCCUCUACUCCCACCCCUUCACCGUUAUACUAGACUACACUACACUAGAAUGGACUGUGUCGUGCGAGUGAUGGACAGUAGCUUCUCCCUCCCUCCCUCUGUAUUGUGGCAGUGCCUUUAAGCAGGCCAUUACUGAACUUAUAAAAGAUAAAAAAUUUAAAAAAUCAACCCGUCAGUGCUAAACAUUUUCUAUCCUCAUCAGUCUAUCUGUGCGAUACGUGUUAAAAUAUUAAAACUCAAUAUAAGAUAAACUCAGAUUAUAAACUUUCUUCAAAUAUUGCUAAUAAACAUUGUCAAGUUUAUUUGUGGGUGUGGGUUUGACUCGUUCAUCAUCCUCCAAACGCCCGUGUGAGACCCCGAACAUUCACUUUACUGUCCAUGUGGCGGUAUGAUGUAAGAUUUUAACUACAGUUUCUUUAUUAAAGCUAUUCAGAGACCACAGGCUGGGCUCUCCUCUCCUACUUUUACCACCAUCUCAGUCCUACACUCCUUCUCCUACAGCUCUACAACAACUUUAUUCAGGGUUUAACAUCAUUAAUGAGACAUGUAGAUCAGAAUAAAGGAACUCAAACCAUCCAGGAAAGUCAGGUUGGCAAAAACGUCAAUACCAGGUGCUUAAAACUGCAAAAUAUCCGCUGAGCAUGGUGGAUCAACGUUAAGCCUGAUUGGAGGCUUGUCAUAAUAAUCUUUAAGUUUGUUCUCAGUAAGAUUAUUUUAGCCUCCCUAAUCAGGAAUCAUAAAUAUGAAACAUAUUUAAUUCAUGACAUAAAUAUUCUAAAGAAAGUGUUUAAAAAAACAAAAACAAAAGCAUACAAAUAAAACAUUCACAAUCUGCAUGUAUUGCACGAUUACGUCAUAUUGCACAGGAAUAAUAUUUAUAUAGUUUUUUUUUGUAUUGAGUGCAGUUAUGGCUCUUGCAGUAUCACCAACCACUCUAGACUCCACGGUCUUAUCUUAAUUAAGGCAUAGAAGCACAAAAAUUAAAUCCUAAUAAAAGAAAAAUAAAUAAAUCCAAACAUGUUUGAUACUAAUGAUUCUGAUCAGGGAGGCUCUGACCCAAUCAAAAGCAGUAAAUCGAUCAUACUGAUAAAAAACUUGAGGAUUAUUGGGAAAUUACAGGUUGCAACAAGCCUUUUCAUUACCUAUAACUGUGUCUGAUUUUAGUGGCUAUUAACAAAAUGAAACUGACUAAAUUAACCAGUUUUGGAUGCAGUCAUUUGUUUGUUUGUGUAAAAACAGUGAUGGACAUUUGAUUUUUACUAGUAUCAUAUCAGAAGUCAAACUUUUGGAAUACUGCGAUAACAUUAAAAGCUCUGUUGGCCCUGUUCCUCUGCAACCUUGUUUGUUUCACAUUUGAGUUACUGAACAGCUCAUAAAAUCUGUUUCAGAUCAAAUAUUAAGGCACCAGUUGAAAAUCUGCAACCUUUCUGAAUGUUGUUAAAAACAGAAAAAAAAGAAACAAGAAUUUCUUGUAAAAAAAACCCAUCACAGGUGUUUUUGGAUCAAAUCCUGCCAAAUUAAAUGUUGUUGUAAUCCAGAUAUUUAUUAAAAAUACUGACAGUUUAAAAAGUCGUUAACACAGUUUAAUAUUUUUCCUAAAAAUAAUAAAACCAAUUAGUUCAGAGCACGUCGUUUAACGUUAAAUUAAAGAUAAAUUAUUGUCACACUGCUGGGUUUCUAAAUUAUUAUUGUUAUUAAAAAUCUCUUGAACAUUUAACUUUAUAUUCUAAGUUUUCACCUUUCUUUAAACCAUUUCCCUCUUUUUGAUCUAAAAUCCCAGGAUUUUAAUGUAAAACUCUUCAGCAUGCUGUCAAAGCCCACAGUGAGCUACUCAGUGCUCUAUGUGGCUGGAGAUGGUAUUAAAACAGGUUUUCUACUGAACUGAAUAGUUAUCACUUUAGACAUCUUCCAGCCCUCAGGGGGGCAGCACUGAGCAAACUUCUCUUCAAUAACCUGUUAUAAGCUGAUAAGAGUCUGUAGAUCCUGUAGAUGAUUCUGGAAACAUUCCAUGAACCUGGCGUGAUUAAACCUUCUCAGACCUGUUGUGAUAAAACUGUCCGUAUGAACCUGACACUAUUACACUGUCUUCAUGUACCUGGUCUGAUUAAGCCAUCUUCAAGAGCCCUGCGUAAUUAGACCGUCUUCAUGAACCCGGUGUCAUUAAACAAUCUUCUCAAACCUGGUGUGAUUAAACCGUCUUCAUGAACCCGGCACAAUCAAAUUCGUCUUCCUGAACCCGACUGAUUAAACUGUCUCCACGAAUCUGGUGUAAUUAAACAGUCUUUAAGAACCAAACGUGAUUAAACCAUCUUCAUAUGUAUAUUAAUCCUCUGAGUGAAACUUAUUUAAUCCCCUGACAGUCUCCACUUGUUGAACUCCAUAAGAAUGCAUAUGUUUAUACUGAAAUGUGUGUUUUCUAUGUUCCACAGCAUCCAUCCUAACUUGAAAUUAAAGUUUAUUAUCAAUCUGA